AUGCUUCAGCAGAGGCAUGAAAGGCGUAUUGGGAAUCCGGCGUUUAUCCCACCGCCAGAUGGCCACGGGGCCCCUGGGAAUAUGCCGGCCGGUAUUGAGAAUCAAGCACCAGAUGAGCUGGUGUUUGAUGCCAUUGGUCUCAAUCCUGAGGGAUCCGAUAAUGGCUCAGAGGAUGAGUGGUUGACGGUCAGAGACAUCAAUGACUCAUCUCCAUUCAGUGGCACCGAUCAUACACCAGGGGGCACCGAUGAUCAAAUCGACUGGGACAAUUACCUCUUUGAGGCAAUGAAUCAGUUGAGCGAUGAGCCUAUUUCGACUGACUUCCUCAAAAGGCCCACGCCGUCCUCCGAAAAUAUGUCGUGGUACCCAUUCAAGAACAAGGAGUCAGUAGAGCAGUCGUUUUUUAACCAAUAUGGAAGGCAGUAUUUAAUUGCCUCGCUAUUUGUUGGAUAUAUGCACCACAUCAUGAGCCGUGAGGUGUAUGACCAAAUCAGGCUCAUCCUGACUCUCGUUGCCGUCAGACUCCCACAUUGGACGACACUGCAACGCUCCAGAGAGAGUAUUCGGUCAAUGUUGAACCUCAAAUUACGCCAGAAACAGACGGUCUGGAAGCAGCAGUGUUAUGCACUAAGCGUAGGACAAAUUCUCUCCGGAGAAGUAUCCAAUCCUUACGUGAACCCACAUGUGGAUUUUGUCCCGGAGGCCCCUGGCGACUCGGCAAUUUACAAAUUUUCCCAAAGUAAGAAGUGGCUCAAAGAGCUAGCACCAGAGCUCCGAGUGCAGAUGAUUGCGAGCCGAAGCAAGCAUUAUUAUAUUUACGAACCCGCGCUUGAAAGAACUGGACGAAUGGUUGUUCCUGUCUUCUUUUACAAAUCGGGCUCAGGAAUGUAUGCCAAGUGUGCUAUACCAGAGGUAGUUCAUACCAAUUUCCCUCCGAGUGUCACAAUUCACAUCCCCCAGGAUCUUGUCUUUGAUUCGGAUGCCCUCAUCGAUCUCAAUGUGUUGGAGUUGGAUCAACCUUAUCCUGAGAUUAUGUUCGGAAACAAUCGGCCUCUGGCUGAGUUGUGCAGCCACCGGAUGUUAGAUUUGAACGAUCCGCCUGUUGCUCAUAACUUGCCCAAUCCAUGGCGCACCAAGGCUCAAGGGAAAGUAAUACGCCAUAUGCCCAUAAAUCUCUAUGCGGACGAUACCUCUGGCAACGUAUCCAAGAAGUGGAAUCGCCACAUCUCUUUCUACUUCACCCUUGCCGGGCUGCCUCCAAAGUUGUCAAAUAUGCAAUAUAAUUGCCAUUUCCUGUCCACGUCUAAUGAAGCAGGGGUGUUGGAACUUGGCGAACAGAUUGUCGAGGAAAUCAACAUGCUUGCAACCGAUGGGCGGGUCGCACACGAUUCUUCUUUGGGGGAAGAUGUGCUCAUUAUGAGCAUGGUGUUGUGUUUUCAAGCAGAUUCACCCAUGCAUGCCGAGAUCACGAAUACCCCUUUGCCAAACGUCAGUCUGAAUCCAUGUCGCAUGUGUUGUCUCCACACCCCAACUAUGGAGGGAAAAAAGACCGAAAAAUAUGUGCGAGACUUUUUGCACAUUGAUGCAUUCGGUAAUCACACGGAAAAUCUCUGGGAAAUCGGGAAAAAGGGUGUCAAGACUCAUUUUGACAAUGAGACCAAAGAGAUUGGAAUUCGUGAUAGCAUCAAUCGGCAGUUUGUGGAGGUCAUGCAGAGGAAAGAUGAUGUAGCAGCCCACGAUGAGGUCAACGAAUUGGCGCAAAAGGAUGGUGAUCGAUUAUUUAAUUCGUUUUUGAAGCUAAAAGGUCAGGCUUCUUGCAGAGUUUUAGAAUUGUGCGCACCAGAUGAAUCACCAUACUCAUACCAAUUCCAUCUGGGUGGGAAUUGUGUAGGAUUUGAUGGAUGCCAAGAUACUCCAGUGGAAAUCUUGCAUGUCUUCCUCCUGGGGAUAGUCAAAUACAUGACUCGAGAUUUUAUGAAAAGCUUAAAGGUCAAAGAAUUGGAACAAGUUCUGGCCUCCUGGCAGUCAUUCAACAUCGAUUCGCUGAAUAUCUCUUCGAUUCAAUCCAAAUAUCUUGUGGAGCACUUUUCCUCGUUGGUUGGCAAGGACUUCAAGAUUAUAAUUCAAACAGCGCCGUUUGUCAUGUACCCGUUCAUGAGUGAACCUCAGCGUCAGCAUUGGAUCUCUCUUGGUCAACUGGCGACUUACAUAUUUGAAACACGCAUUACCAACAUGAAGCGAUAUUUGGUCGAAUUAAGGAACCAGAUUGAUAUAUUCAUGUGGCAUUCAAUCAAUAUGAAUGCGCAAUGGGUCAAUAAGCCCAAAUUCCACAUGUUACAGCAUCUUCCCGAAUCUAUUGAGCGAUUUGGACCCGCUUGUCUUUUUGCCACUGAGAAAUUCGAAAGCUUUAACAGCAUCCUCCGGAAUGCUUCCGUCCACUCAAACCGACAUCGCCCUGGGAGGGAUUUGGGCCUCUCGUUUCUCAACUUCCAUGCCCUGCGACUCGUUGUGUCCAAAGCCCAGCUGAAGAAUCACACCACUGGCAUGUCUUUUCAUGCUUCCGAUGAAGUCACCAAGCUUUUCCAGAACCCGCUUAUCCAAAAAUCGAUGGGAUACAAUCCUAUGUUGGUGUGUCCUCCGCAAACAUUCCCAGUGGUAAUGCAAUCACCGCUGCUCAUGGCAGACAAGGAAAACGUUCCGAGUUACUUCAACCAGUACACCAACGCACGUGUGAAGCAGAUCUCGCAGCUGAGAUUGAGCGAAAAGGACAUAGUGAAGAAGGGUUACUUUGUGCUGGUUGCCCCAGGUGGGAUUGUUUGGGACCAGUUCAUUGGGCGUGUCAAUUCUUUGUGGCAGAUUGAAUGGGAUAAUCGGACCAGAUAUGUCAUGAAGACAACGACAUUUCAGCUUGGGGGUGUCAACAUGUUUUACAACAUGAGGAUCCUCCAGAACAUUCACGAGACAAGAUAUGCUUCAGUCUUUGAUAUAAAAGCUUGUCUUAACGUUCAACAUGACUGCGCUUCUGCUCAAUGUCCAAUUGCUCCCAGCACGGACCCACCGACCGGCCCCCUGGAGGGCUCGCCCUGCAGAAAAGCGAUCCAACAUUCAGAUGACCAAUGGUUUGUCUUGAACUCAUCAUCAUUACGUUCUGAAGAAAUUCUUACCAAAGACGAGGAGAAUUUUUUGAGAGGAAAAUUUUGGGGGCAACAAAAAUGA